AAGGAGAACAUAUACCCCGUAAAACAAGGCCGAAGCGCAAGUUCAUUGUCUCGGGUUUUCUCCAGUGACCCUUCCUCCCGUCAGGCAGAAUUACAAGCUGGUCACGAGCAGUUCAAUGCCGAGCUUGAGAUGGUCGAAGAACUUGAUGAUCCCCUCGAUGUAUAUAACCGCUAUAUAAAAUGGACAAUGGAAAAUUAUCCGCAAGGACAAACUUCUCAAUCGAAUUUAGUGCAAUUACUGGAACGCGCCUCCAAAACUUUUGUUAAAGAUACGCGUUAUAAAAAUGACCCUAGGUACUUAAAGUGCUGGUUGCAAUAUUCGAAACUUGUCGGGCAAACAAAAGAACUGUUUAUGUUUUUAAAGGUCAAUGGGAUUGGAAUGGACCUGGCUGCCUACUAUGAGGCAUACGCCGAAUUAAUGGAAGGACUAAAUAG